AUGCUUCCACCUGAUGCCACGAAUCAUUUUUUAUUUGGUGUUGUUCGAAAUAAAACUCCAUGGUCAUCAUCUGAAUCGUGUUAUCGAAAUAAGUAUCAGACUUCAAGUCAAGUGGUUUUAUUUUUAUUUCAUUCGACACCGCAAAUGCAAUUGAAACUCGCCAUUAACUUCAUGCAUUUGAGCUCUCAUGUUUUACCUAGUAGAAACUACCAACAACAAGGCGACUUUUGUUGUAAACUGGAAAUUUUUAUGACCAUUAAAGAACGGAAGUUGGAGGAUGGGCAUGGGAUUCAAUCCAUUUAUGUCAGAAACGUUUAUAGCACUUUCAAAGCAUUACAAGUAAAGCAUUCUCUGCUGUUUUAUGGCUUGGGCUGUUGUCAUCAAAUGACACUUCAAUGUCGUCUAUGCGAUUCUUCAAGUGAAGUCGACUACUUUGUGUUGAUGUAUACAUUUGAUGUCUUCAUUCUGAGAAUAUCUGCAACAAAGUUACACAACGAAGCCAUAAUGGAAGCCACUCCUGAAAUCCAAGCGUCUACAAGCCCACAAUGGCAUUUCAUUAAGACGUUGAUGAAUUCGUUGUUGUUACAUUUUUUAAAAGAACUAAGAACUUUGGAGAGAAUUUUUUUUCGCAAUCCACCUGUGUCAACAACAAAAAAUGUGUCAAGAGACGCCUUUGCACGCUUCAUCUACUAUCAGAGUUUGUAUUAUCAUACAUCAAAUACUGAGGCACUUUUUUAA